AUGUUUAUUCAUACUACAUCAGCAGCAUACUAUGGACGAAGUAUUAAAAUUACAUCAGAUAUACUCGAACUUGAAAAACAUAAAAGUCUUGAAAUAAAUAGUCGAUGGUAUGAAUUAAUAGCUGAUUUAGCAAGUCAAAAAUCAUGUGAACAAGAAUGGUGUCAUACUAUCUAUAUACUUGUAACAUUACUUAGUCAUGGUCUUACUGGUCUUUCAAGUUGGCCGGCAGCGAUCUCUCUUGGUGAUUAUUUGAUGAAAAGAAUACAUCUUCUAGAAAAUAAACGUAUCAUUGAACUUGGUGCUGUAUCAGGUUUACUUGGUUUAACUUUAUAA